AUGUCGACCUCCACAACAGAGACCAACGAGGGAGUCCUCGCCCCUGCCAAACAGCCCGCUUCCUCCCAAGGUCUCGCGCAAAUCCGAUCGUUCGUUGCUGGCGGUGUAGGCGGUAUCUGCGCUGUGGUCAUCGGCCACCCCUUCGAUCUCGUCAAAGUGCGCAUGCAGACAGCCGAAAAGGGUGUUUAUACUGGCGCGAUAGAUGUGGUGAAGAAGACAAUUGCGAGGGAAGGGUUAGCGAGGGGGCUGUAUGCCGGUGUGUCGGCGCCGUUGGUUGGUGUCACACCUAUGUUCGCCGUGAGUUUCUGGGGCUACGAUCUAGGCAAAACGCUCGUCAGCUCAUUAUCCACUGUCCCUGUCCACAACAACACCCCUCAAUACAGCAUAGCCCAAAUCUCCGCCGCAGGCGCCUUCUCCGCUCUACCCAUGACACUCAUCACCGCCCCCUUUGAGCGCGUCAAAGUCCUUUUACAGAUUCAGGGUCAAAACCCGCCUCCCGCCGGCCAGAAACCCAAAUACUCGGGUGGUGUCGAUGUCGUGCGUCAAUUGUACAAGGAAGGCGGUCUCCGCAGCGUGUUUCGCGGUUCGGCAAUGACGCUGGCUCGUGACGCGCCCGGUUCAGCGGCCUAUUUCGCUGCGUACGAAUAUAUUAAACGCUCGCUCACACCCAAGGAUGCCGAUGGCAACGUUACGGGCGACUUGUCCCUGACCGCGGUCGUGACGGCUGGUGGUGCGGCAGGUAUUGCCAUGUGGAUCCCCGUUUUCCCAGUUGAUACGAUCAAGUCAAGGUUGCAGUCUGCUUCCGGCAAAGUGACUAUUGGCGGUACGAUUAGGUCUAUUCAUGCUAGUGGAGGAUUCAAGGCUUUCUUCCCUGGUUUUGCGCCCGCGUUGGCGAGAGCUGUGCCUGCUAAUGCUGCUACUUUCCUCGGUGUGGAAUUGGCGCACAAAGCCAUGAACAAGGUCUUUGAUGGAUCGAGCGAUUGA